GCCCUCUCAAUGGGUAUAAAUAACGGUCAAAUAAAGAUAAAAUCAUCAUUCAACAAUGGCCUGCAAGAGGUGCACAUCGGUGGAAGAUAUGGUAAAAAACCAUCCCAAAGUGACGCAAUUGGUGAGAUUCCUAGAAGAAUUCCACAGUCUGAACGAAGACAUCCCAUGGACUGACAGGGCUCGCAUAGCGUGUGCCGCAGUUCAUCCAGGCCUGGCCUCAUCUUCUACGAAGAAGACGACGGAGUUCGUUGCCAAGAGACGCGACAUCAUGCGCCGCCACAAGGACUUGGUUCUACGAAGAGAACCAACUAGAGUCCAGGAACCAGCAGCUGAAGUCCAGGAAGUUCCAGCCGAAGACCAGGAGGCACCGGCCGAAGUCCAUCAGGUGAAGGUGGUUACCAGGAAGAGGAUCCACGCCGACUUGGAAAUAUGUAACCCUGAAAUAAUAAUUGUAAAAAGAAAAAAACAUUAAAAAAAAAAAAAAAAUAAUAAUAAAAAUAUUGUAUUCUUUAUCAUUAUUAUAAUAUUAUCGAAAAAAAUUAAUUUCAAUUUUGCUCAAAGAAAGGUACGUUCUACAAAAUGGUGAAAAGUUUGAGUCUCUAGCCCCAGGGGUAAGUUUUUUAUGGGCG